ACGAUGCGGCGCCCUGUGAACCCGGUAUAGCUGGAAAUCCGACGAUUGACCUACGGGUUCGUCGUGUCCUGUGUGUACUUGCAGUCGCUGCACAUACGGUUCAAGACCUCUCAGCGCAUAAUCAUGACCCUGCGCUGUCGCCCGACGGGCAGUGGAUGCCAAAGCAUCAAGCCUCUGACAGUCACUUACGUCGCAUCACAGUCAUCGCUAGGGACACAAAUAGCCGAUGCGGCCGUUGAGCUUACGGUUCGUAUCAGACGUUUGCCUAUAUGAUGCACCGAAGCCCCCGUAUCGAAGGCUCCAUCCUACAACCAUCUACCAGUGGAUCGUCCUUCGUCACUUGGGUAUCGCGCAAGCAUGGGCUUCCUAACAUAUUUGAUGCUGCUUUGCACCGCAACGGUGGCCUUUGUCCAUGGGACGUUGUUUGCAGAUCCGCAAGAACUUUCCCGACAAUCGUACGACUUCGUUAUCAUUGGAGCGGGUACCGCGGGAAAUGUGCUUGCUCGCAGAUUGAGCGAAGUAUCAGAAUUCUCAGUUCUUGUAAUCGAAGCAGGUGUAAAUAAUGAUGUUCUGUUCGACGACCAGGUUCCUCUGUUGGACCCAUUGAUUUGGCCCGAUACCGCGAUCAGCUGGAAUUACACCACCACUGCUCAGACAGGACUUGAAGGACGAUCAUUCGAUUAUCCACGUGGGUUUGUACUCGGCGGAACGAGCACAAUCAACCUCAUGGUAUGGAGUCGGGGGUCUGUGGACGACUGGAAUCGUUAUGCGAACUUUACCAACGACAGCGGGUGGUCUUGGGAGGAGAUGUUGCCAUACAUGGAGAAGAGCGAAAUGCUUGUUCCACCGAAUGAUCACCAUAACACAACGGGCCAAAUCAACCCGUCUGUGCAUGGCACCAAUGGACCUAUUAGUAUCAGCCUCCCCGCUGCCUCCAUGCCGCUGGACAGUCGUCUACUCGAGAGCGCUACUGCUGAAUUUCCGCAUAACGAGGAUAUGAAUGACGGUUAUCCACUGGGUAUCGGUUGGCAACAGGGUACCGUCACCACAGCGGGUAGAAGGAGCGACUCAGCAACGGGAUACCUGGAUCCCAUUAUAAAUCGCACAAAUUUGGACGUACUCAUACAGACGCGCGUUACCAGACUCAUAUCAUCCAACUCCGGUACCUCUGUGCCAAAUUUUAACCAAGUAGAAGUGGCACAGAAUCGUUCUUCGGAGGGCAUCAUCAUCAGUGCUUCCAAAGAGGUGAUACUGUGUGCAGGCUCAAUUGGCACUCCCCAAUUGCUAUUACUGAGCGGCAUCGGCGAUCCCAACACACUCCAGGGACUAGGGAUCGAGCCUGUCGUCAACAACACCGACGUUGGUCAGAAUCUCGUUGACCACCCUCUUAUUGGCAAUGUAUGGAUUGUCAACUCGAACGCUACCUGGGACAACGUGUUUCGUAACGCGACAUAUUUGGAAGACCUAUUGCAGCUUUGGAACUCCACGGGAAGUGGCCCUCUGAGCGACACGGGUACGAACCAGAUCAUAUGGUCAAGAUUACCGAACGGUUCAGCCAUCUUCGCCAACUAUACGGACCCCUCUGCAGGGCCCGCCUCUCCGCACAUAGAAGUACUAUCUCAUAAUUCGUUCGGUUCACUUGUUGAACUCAUGCCGAGCACGGGAAGCUACAUGACUCUAUAUACGGCGGUCGUCUCCCCCGCUUCGAAGGGCUCUGUGACGCUUGCGUCGAAUGAUGCGUUUGACAGCCCCCUAAUCGAUCCUGGAUUGCUGUCUGAUUAUUUCGACGUCUACACCAUGAUCCAGGCAGUCAAACAGGUGCGAAACCUUAUCAACUCGUCCGCAUGGGAAGGGUUCGCUGUGGCAGAAUACGGCCCGUUCGCGGAUGCACAGACAGACGAGGAACUAGAGGAAUAUGUCAGGAACAGCACAACGUCAAUAUGGCAUCCAGUCGGCACGGCAAGGCUAUCCGCGGAUGCCAGUCCCGAUGGAGUCUUGACAUCCUCACUCCUUGUCAAAGGUGCAUCCGGUCUACGCGUUGUCGACGCCUCCGUACUACCCUAUAUUCCUGCUGGACAUCCGCAAGCCGUCGUCUACGCUAUCGCUGAAAGGGCAGCGGACCUGAUCAAAGCAGCAUGGCAGAACCACUAGGACGAUACAGUUUAUUUCGAU